UCCUCAUACGCAAACGUAAGCGGCUGAGGCUGAGGCUGAGCGGGAAGCAGAAAGAGAGAGAGAGAGAGAGAGAGAGAGAGAGAGAGAGAGAGAGGCUGAGCCGCUGAAGCUGAGGCUGAGGCCGAGGGGGUGGAGGAAGCAGAGAGAGAGAGGAAUGGACGCAAGAGUAAUUUCUCCGGCCGUUUCGUCAAGUACAGUGCUAGUGCGACCUUCGUUUUUUCGACGACAAGAGAUGUUGAUGAUGAGGUCCAUCAUCACUCUCCCUUCCUCCUCGAAGUGGAAGCCACAUUUCGAUGGCGGAACUAGGGCCAAAAUCAGCAGGAAAGGUGCAAGGACCGCCCUUCUCGUCAUCAGCAGCUCCUCUGCCUCUUCAACCGAAGCUCAAAUCGGUGGCGAUAUCUUGGAGAUCGCUGAUAUCAGAGACGGAUGCCGCAAGUGGCUGUGGAAGGGCCAGUACUCCAUCAAUUACUUCGUCUCCGGUCCCUCCUCCGCUCCGCCGCCCUACGCCAAGCCUCCCCCAGUACUCCUCCUCGUCCACGGGUUCGGUGCCUCCAUUCCUCACUGGCGCAGGAAUAUCCCCACACUGUCCGAGAAGUUCACUGUUUAUGCGAUUGACCUUCUUGGCUUUGGUGCUUCUGACAAGCCUGCUGGCUUUACCUAUACCAUGGAGGACUGGGCUCAGUUGAUAUUGGAUUUCUUGGAUGAAAUAGUUCAACAACCAGCUGUGUUGGUGGGCAACUCUGUCGGCAGUCUUGCCUGUGUAAUUGCUGCCUCAGCCCCAGAAUAUCGUCGGAGCACGGACAUGGUUUGUGGGCUUGUGCUGUUAAACUGUGCUGGUGGCAUGAACAGCAAGGCCAUUGUUGAUGAUUGGAGGAUAAAGCUGUUACUCCCACUUCUCUGGUUCUUCGACUUUUUAUUGAAGCAACGGGGAAUAGCUUCAGUCAUAUUCGAGCGUGUGAAGCAGAGGGAUAACCUCAAGGAUAUAUUGCUAUCUGUGUAUGGGAAUAAGGCAUCUGUAGAUGAUGAGUUAGUUGAGAUAAUUAGGGAACCAGCAAAUGAUGAGGGCGCACUGGAUGCAUUUAUCUCCAUAGUGACUGGCCCCCCUGGCCCAAACCCAGUGCAACUUAUGCCAACUGUCUCAAUGCCUGUUCUCGUUCUAUGGGGCGAUCAAGACCCAUUUACACCUCUGGAUGGGCCUGUCGGUAAGUACUUCUCUGCCUUGCCCUCCAAUGCUCCAAAUGUGAGCCUCUCCAUAUUACCAGGGGUAGGCCACUGCCCUCAUGAUGACAGACCCGAUUUGGUCCACGAGAAGUUGCUUCCCUGGCUAGAUUGUAUCUUUAGCUUUUGAUGAGUUUGCUGUAACAACAAUUGCUGCUUCUUAAAGUCCAGCAAUCCAUUGCUCUGCCUUCUCAGUAUUAGCCUGUACACUUGCAGCAAAGUGCUGCAUAAAGUUUUAGCAGUUCCUCAGCUGUAUAUUCUCUCUUCGAACAAUGAAGAAAUAGUUUGUGGUAGCAAAGAAAGGGAAGAAACGUAAUGUAUGCCAAUCAGUAUAUAUCCAUA